AUGGUCGACCACGACGAUCACGAUCAAGUCGACCCCCAUCAUCCAAAAGCCCCUGCAACCCAAGAGGCAAAGACCAAUCACAAACGAAACCAUACUCAGGGCGACAAGGCCCGUGGACCGUCAAAACCAUACGUCCGACUAGUCACCGACAAGCGACGGGAGCAGAACCGGCGCGCACAAAAGGCUUAUAGGGAGAGGCUGAAGAAGAAACUCGAGGUGCUGGAGGAGCAGGCUGCUUCCACUCUGUCCCAGCCCAGCCAGCACCAGCAAACCACAGGAAAGUCCAGCCACAAGCCUGUCGCGAGCUCGCGCACAGAGAUUCGCAUCGAAGACGAAGAAGAUGGUAACAUCAACGUCGACCUUGAGUCUCCCACAUUGCCGUCUCGGACCAAGUUAUCAGAUACAACCGCUGGCCCAGUUGGUUCGGCCCCGCGGGUGAUAAAUCUGGCAGAAGCCUUCGUCGCAGCCGGUGACUUACCCUUCGGACAGGGCCCGUUCCCCAGUAUUCAGUUUCAAGUAGGACCAGAGACACCGAGGUCACUUACGGACACCAGCGAGGUCGACAACCACACCCACGAUGACUAUGGUGACCUUGACCUGCGGCAGAUCUGGGCCAUGCCGCACAGGCGUGCUUCCCCGCAACAGUCACAACGACGUCUUCCCGAUAACUUGCGCGGUUCCACGAAUAUCAUGACCUUGACCCCUCAACGUACCCCCAACGGACUGCAUCUUUUCACGCCCAAAAGCCCCAUGGCAGAUCCGUACAUCAAUCACCUGCACCUCAUCGGGGAAGGCAACGUCGAAGCCUCACUCGCUGUGGCCCUUUCGAUCGGCAUCAGCCGCAGCCAGUACCUGAACGACCACCCAUCACAUUUCCCCAAAUGCUAUGUCGCGCUCAAUAAACCUAACCCGAUCUCCCCAACAAACUCAUCCUCCCCUACGACAGUGAGCUAUAAGUUCGCACAUACCUUCAUGGACAUCACGCCAGAGCUGCAAGAGCAUCUCGAGAGAGUGAAGCCACCCAUGCGUCCAACACCCACACAGCUCCUCAAUCCACAUCCAAGUUAUCUCGACUGCAUCGUAUUCCCUUAUUUCCGUGACCAUGCAGUUCAGGCAUCUGUGGACGGCAUCCUGGACCAUGCAGAGCUGUUUAUGGACCUUAUGCAUGGUGGUUUAGUUUGCUGGGGCGGCUUGUCUGGGCUCACGAACAGGCACGGAAAGUCGGUCAAGAGCGGGAAAAGAGACAUGAGGGACAGCGUGGCCUGGAAUACAAGAAGUUGGGAGGCUAAAAGAUGGUUCCUGGAAAAAUGGACUUGGUUGGUCGGCACAGAAGAAGAGGAGGAAGCAAGAGGUGAUGUUGAUGGCAUUUGGAGAGGAAGUCGGUGGUGGUGGGCCAUGCGCGGCGAGGACGACACCGAUGAAGAGAAGGAGGACAUGGACUUUGCGGCUGCCCGGGUGAGCGAAAUUGACGGCGGCAACCAUUGUUUGUGA